UGUUGAUUCGACCGUAGAAGAAGAAGUUGCUGCUGUUGUUGUGGGAGUGAUCAGCUGACUGGGCUAAAGCUAAAGCUAAUAGAGAACCAUGGCGUUCGUAACAGCCAACUGGAACCCACUGGGAGAAGCUUUUUAUCGUAAAACGGAGCUGUACGAGAUGUGUUGGAACUUGAGGGAUGGACUCAGGGACUGUCUGGUGGCAGCAGCUCCAUAUGGAGGACCGAUAGCUCUCCUCAGAGAACCUCACAGACGUUCUCCUAGUUCUCGUCCUCAGUUAGAGAUUUAUUCUGCAUCUGGAGUCGCCAUCGCCAGCUUCCCGUGGAAGAGUGGACCAGUAGUCCACUUGGGUUGGACAGUUAGUGAUGAGCUGUUGUGCAUUCAAGAGGAUGGAUCAGUUCUGAUCUACGACCUGUUUGGAUCCUUCAAGAGACACUUCAGUAUGGGUCAGGAAGUGGUGCAGAGUCAGGUGUUGGAAGCCAAAGUGUUCCACUCUCCUUAUGGAACAGGUGUUGCCAUAGUAACAGGCUCCUCACGCUUCACCCUGGCAACCAACAUCGACGACCUGAAGCUUCGGAGGUUACCUGAAGUGCCAGGUCUACAGGGGAAGCCGUCCUGCUGGGUCGUCCUCACUCAGGACAGACAGACUAAAGUCCUGCUGGCCAACGGACCUGAACUCUACAUCCUGGACAACACAUCCUGUACUGCUGUGAGUCCUCUAGGUCUUGGUCCUCAGGCUGGAAGUAUUGUCCAUAUGUGUGUGUCCUUCAGCUAUAAGUACCUGGCUCUCUUCACUGACACUGGACACCUGUGGACAGGCCCCUCGCACCUCCAGGACAAACUGAGUGAAGUCGACACCAAGAAGCCGACGCCCCCCAAACAGAUGGUGUGGUGUCGCAGACCAAAGAGUCAGCAGCCUUCUGUGGUGUUGAUGUGGGACAAACUGCUCAUGGUGGCCGGAGUCUGUCAGGACACCAUCCAGUUUCCCGUAGAGGAUCAAUGUGUUCUGGUGGGAGAGCUUGAUGGAGUUCGGAUCAUCAGCUCGAUGAAUCAGGAGCUGCUUCAGGAGGUUCCUCUGGUCUGUCAGGACAUCUUUAAAAUCGCCUCCAUGGCUCCUGGAGCUCUGCUGCUGGAGGCCCACCGAGAGUACGAGAAAUCAAGUCAAAAGGCUGAUGAGUACCUGAGGGAGAUCAAGGAGCAAAGCAUGCUGGGAGAAGCAGUCCGACAGUGUGUGGAGGCAGCAGGACAUGAAUAUGACACCAAUACCCAGAAGUCCCUACUAAGGGCGGCGUCCUUUGGGAAGUGUUUCCUGACUGACUUUAGUCCGGAUCCGUUCGUCUCGACCUGCAGAGAACUCAGAGUGCUGAACGGCGUCAGAGAGAGCGCCGUGGGAUUGCCACUCACACACACUCAAUUCAAGCAGAUGACUCUACAGGUGCUGAUCGACAGGUUGGUGUAUCGUCAGUUUUAUCCGUUAGCGAUAGAAAUCUGCCGUUACCUGAAGAUUCCAGAUUACCAGGGAGUUAGCAGAGUCCUCAAACACUGGGCUUCAUGCAAGGUGCAGCAGAAGGACCUAUCAGACGAGGCCAUAGCCCGAGCAGUGUGUGUGAAGGUGGGAGACUCACCUGGAGUUUCUUACUCACACAUCGCAGCUAAAGCGUAUGAAUGUGGACGUACAGAGCUCGCCAUCAAGCUGCUGGACUUUGAGGCUCGGUCUGGAGAGCAGGUUCCUCUGCUGCUGAAGAUGAAGAGGAGUCAGCUGGCUCUCAGUAAAGCUGUGGAGAGUGGAGACACUGAUCUAGUGUACACCGUGGUGACGUACUUGAAGAACGAGAUGAACAGAGGAGACUUCUUCAUGACUCUGAGGAACCAACCGGUCGCUCUGAGUCUCUACAGACAGUUCUGUAAAUUGCAGGAACAGGACACUCUGAAGGAUCUUUAUAAUCAGGAUGAUGAUCACCAGGAACUCGCCAACUACUACGUUACUGCCAGUUACAGAGAAAAGAGGUUAGAGAGCCGUCUGUCUGUCCUGCAGAGUGCUGUUGAUGAGUACAACAAGGCGAAGAACGAGUUUUCUGCUAAGGCCACAGAAGAAGAGAUGCGUCUCCUUCGUUUCCAGCGCAAACUCGAUGACGAGAAAGGAGCGGGGCUACUGGGACUGUCUCUACAGGCGACCAUGGAGGCUCUACUGGCGUUGGGACUCCACAAACAGGCAGAACAACUUUACCGAGACUUCAGAGUACCUGACAAAAGGUAUUGGUGGUUAAAACUGAAGUCUCUGGCAGAGAAGGAGGAGUGGGAGGAGUUAGAGAAGUUCUCAAAGAGCAAGAAGUCUCCUAUUGGCUACCUGGCAUUUGUUGAAGUCUGCAUGAAGAGUAACAACAAGUACGAAGCCAAGAAGUAUGUUUCCAAGGUCACGCCUGAGCAAAGGGUGAAAGCUCACCUUGCCAUCAGUGACCUGGAGGGUGCUGCGGACGCUGCGAUUGAACGCAAGAACGAAUCAGAGAUGGGUGCAGUCCUCUCCAGAUGCUCCACCUCUGACCGCCUGUUGGUUGACAGGUUGAACAGAGCCAGAGCCUCCACUGCUAAAAAGUGAUCAAUCAGAGUGUAUGUACAGAGCCAGCAGGCUGUCUGCUGCAAAAAGUGAUCCUCAGCUUACCUAAUAUUCAUCAAUCAUCAUGUUUUCUCCCGAACUCUUAAUAAAAAUAAAAACCGUCCAGUUCUUCAGCAACCACACCUGUCUCACCUGUCACCCCCCCCCCCCC